CAGAAAAUGGUUCGAGUUAUACCAGUACACAACUUUCUUGGACAAAGUGUAGCCCAAAUUGAUGAACCAACAGCAUUUUGUACUGCAAAUGAAUCUGCUAAUGAGCUUCUGUUCUUAGCACUACGCACUCAUUGUAUAGAAGUGUAUCUUCUAAACAAUCCUGACCUAAAGCGAUUAACAACCUUUCCAACAGUUGAUUUAGCUGAAUAUAUUUUACAUUGUGCUAAAGGCGAAUAUAUUGCAACAAUGGAAGCAAAGGUGAAUUGUCAGAACGGAUUGGUGUUUUGGUGUCAAUUACAAUACCAAAACUACAUUUUAUACACAGAAGACACAACAAAUUUCAUUGCGAUCCGUAGCUUCUUUGGAAAGUUAAGUUGUUUUCGGACAGAAUUUACCAUAGUCAGAAAUAAGUGAAUGCUUUUUUUUUGGAAUCUAGGACCCUGAAAACAUGUAUUUUCAUCAAAAUCUGGGAGUCAAUUUUUUUUGUUGGAUUGCAAUACUUUCUUACAUACUUUGUAUGUGAUGAGAAAGUAAAAUGUUAGAAUUCUGUGUAAAAUUUAUUAGGAAGGCUUGGUACGCAAAACUACAAAAUUAACGGUUAAACCUUUUAUUUAAGUAAACCUCAUACUCUAGCACGAGAACUAGAAUCAGAAUGGGCCCGAACAACAAGCAGAAGCGCUGUUGUCCUGUGCCCCAGAAGGGUGGGGUGCCCCUCUACGUGGAACCAAACAAAGCCCCUAAGUUUUCCAUAAAAAAUAACAUGUUUUAUUUUAUCUUAAUAAAUGGAGGUACAAUUAUAAGAAAAUU